AUGAAAGCAGGCAAAUUAACGGGAAGAGACCAACAAGAAUGGCUAAAUUUAAUUAUGGAAUCUUCUGGUGUUAAUGAACAAGUUGAAAAUUUAAAAAACAUUCUUUCAUUUAAUCCAAAACCUACAAAAUCCUUUAAUAAACGAGAAAUUGAACAACGUUAUAAAGAUGAAUUUAACGGACUUUAUUUGACUAGAAAAAAUGUUAAAGAAAUGUUUGGAGAAUAUGAAGAUCGAAAAGUUUCCAUUUGGGAGGAAUUGGAUAGAAAAUUUAAUAAGAAACAGAGAGAUGAAUUAGAAGAGACGGGAUAUUCGCUUCUUACUGAAAGCCAGCUAAGAUUUUUAUACGGGCCUGAAUCUCCAUUUAAUGACUCUAUAACACUUGAAAGAUUAUUACCAAUAAUUAAUAAAAAUAAUAAAAAUUCUUCAAUAAUAAAUCAGGAUGAUAUCAAAAAAAUUGCUCAAAUGCGUUCAUUUGAUAUUAGACAACAUGAUAUUGUGUUAUCUCCUAGCGUCUUCAGGCCAUCAAUAUUAAAUCCAACGCGUACAAGUCAACCUUUUAUUCUCUCUCCUUUCCUCUUUUCCCCAACAAUUUUAUCUCCAACAAUUAUGGGACCAGCAAUUUUAUCACCUAGAGUAUUUUCUCCAACUAUUUUAACACCAAGAAUUAUGACUCCCUUAAUUCUAUCACCAUUUAUAUUUUCGAGUAUUAUACUCUCUCCAAUAAUUAUGCAGCCAUUUAUUCUCUCUCCAGGAUUGCUAAAUAGUGUGAUUUUAAGCCCCUUCGUAAUGAAUCCAAUGAUUAUGAGCUCACAAAUAUUUCAUCCAUUUAUUUUAUCACCAUUAGUUAUGACUCCAGGAAUUUUAAAUCCUUCAGCUCUUUCCCCUCUUGUAUUAAGCCCUUUUGUGUUAAACCCCCAAGUUUUUUCUCCAAAAUUUUUUUCUGGAUUAAUUCUUUCUCCAUAUGCACUUUCACCUGUUCUUAUGAGUCCAACUUAUGCUUAUGUUGUUAUUCUUUCUCCCAGUUUUUUAAGUUAAUUUUUAAAAAUUGUUUUUGUAUAUUUACUGA